UACAUGCACCUCUAUGUUCACAGCAGCACUAUUCACCAUAGCCAAGACAUGGAAACAACCUAAAUGUCUGUUGACAGGUGAAUUGAUAAAGAAGAUGAGGUACAUAUAUACAAUGGAAUACUACUCAGCCAUAAAAAAGAACAAAAUAAUACCAUCUGCAACAACAUGGAUGCAACCAGAGAUUAUCAUACUAAGUGAAGUAAGUCAGAAAGAAAAAGCAAAUAACACAUGAUACCACUUACACGUGGAAUCUAAAAUAUGACACAGGACUUCCCUGGUGGCGUAGUGGUUAACAAUCUGCCUGCCAAUGCAGGGGACACGGGUUCGAGCCCUGGUCCGGGAAGAUCCCACAUGCCGCGGAGCUACUAAGCCUGCGUGCCACAACUACUGAAGCCCAUGCACCUAGAGGCUGUGCUCCACAACAAGAGAAGCCACCCAAUGAGAAGCCCAUGAACUGCAACAAAGGGUAGCCCCCGCUCUCUGCAACUACAGAAAGCACGCGUGCAGCAACAAAGACCCAAUGCAGCCAAAAAUAAAUAAAUAAAUAAAAUAUGACACAGAUGAACCUAUCUAUGAAACAGAAACAAAAUCAGUGACAUAGAGAAUACACUGGUGGCUGCCACGGGGGAAGGAGGUGGGAGAGGCUUGGAUUGGGAUUGGGGAUUAGCAGAUGCAAACUGGUAUACAGAGAAUGGACAAACAAUAAGGUCCCACUGUGUAGCACAGGGAACUAUAUUCAAUAUCCUGCAAUAAACCAUAAUAGAGGAGAUGCCGCCGUUAGCCCUGCAGCCACCACGGAGCUGAUACUGCUCUGAGCCAGCCAGCCGCCGGGAGUGGGGUGGCAGUGCAAACAUGAAUGUUGGAGCUGCCCACAGUGAGGUGAAUCCAAAUACCCAUGUAAUGAACAGCCGGGGUAUGUGGCUGACAUAUGCUUUGGGAGUUGGCUUGCUUCAUAUCGUUUUACUCAGUGUUUUACCCUUCUUCAGUGUUCCUGUUGCUUGGACCUUAACAAAUGUUAUACAUAAUCUGGGCAUGUAUGUAUUUCUGCAUGCAGUAAAAAGAACACCAUUUGAAACUCCUGACCAGGGUAAAGCGAGGCUCCUAACUCAUUGGGAACAACUGGACUAUGGAGUACAGUUUACAUCUUCAAGGAAGUUUUUCACAAUUUCUCCAAUAAUUCUAUAUUUUCUGGCAAGUUUCUAUAUGAAGUAUGAUCCAACUCACUUCAUCUUAAACACAGCUUCUCUCCUGAGCGUGCUAAUUCCCAAAAUGCCACAGCUACAUGGUGUUCGGAUCUUUGGAAUUAAUAAGUAUUGAAAUGUGUUCUGAAAUGAACAAAAAUUUUUUACAGCUACUCAGUUUUCUGUAAGGAAGGAGUGGUUAGUAAACUGCACUGUUUCUGUGAUAAUGUGAAAUGAGAGGUAGCUACAUUGGAGAGCCAACUGCUGGUUCUUCAUAUGCUGUUUUGAAGCGCAGAUUCUUACGAGAAGAUGCCUCUCUUUAAUGAAUCUGGUAUCCUUCUGACGAGGGGCUUUAGUUAAAUGGCUAUAAAGUAAGGGUGUAGUAGAUAAAUCCAAGGAAAUAAGAGAUUUAUAAGAAACUAAGUCCAGCUUAGCUUAUAAUGAAUGGGCAUUAUGUUAGGAGAAGAAAAUGUUUAAUCAUUCAGUCAUGGUCAGUUUAAGCAGAGUUACAUGUAAACCAGAAUCAUUUCUUUACAAGUUUAUUAUAGAUUGUUUUUAUUACCAUGCAUGUUCCUCUUGUGUUAUAUAAGAGGAUAUAUACCCUCUUGUUUUAUACAAACCAAUUCCUACCUUAUGAAUGUACUUUUUUGGUUUUGCAGGCUCAACAUUGUGUUGAUAGAUGAGUUCAUUUCUACAUUUAUUAAGUUACUGAGUUCAUGAAGGUCCACCUUCAUGACUGAUUGAUGAUAGAAGAUAGUUAGGCAUCUUAGAAGCAGCCUCUGAGUCAGCCUUCUAAUUUUGGAACAAAGUGGGUUUUGCUGCCUUUUCAGGUACAAGGCUGCUAAACCAAUUAAGAAAAUAAUUUAUUUCUUGUAAUUAAAGUAUAUGGUAACUUAAAGUUCUGCUUAUUUGGUUGAGCAAUCUAAUUGUUGAAGUCUGCCAUUCUUUAGCGUUGGAAAUUUAAAAUGGACAACUACAUAGCCAACCUGCGAUCUGGCAGAAACUGCUUCUCUAGCAAUACUAUCAGAGUGAAUAAUGGAGUCUUUUUUUAGCAGGUCUGCAGUAAAAGGUAUAUUUCCUUAGUCCUCCUGCUCUCAGUCUCCAUACUUUGCCCAUUAAUAUUUUGCCUGUCAAUGCACGAGUCUUAGUAUAGACAACUCAGAAUGGUUAACUAUUUCCAAAGCAGCAACCAUAUUGAAUCCUUGUGACUUAAGAGAAGCUUUCUAUAGUUGCUGACAUUAAUUGCAAGAAAUAACUAUAUUCUACUUUGAGAAGUAAACAUGUCAAAAAAAAGUUCUGAUAUGUGAUGAAACUGAAAAACCUAGAACAUUUGUAAGCAAAACGGAGUGAAAAGAAUUAUAAUACCAACUUAAAAGUCAAUUUGUUUCAAACUGACUUUUGGAGGUAAUGAUCAUUGUUUUGUAUUUCAAAAGUAUUGAGUUUAGAAAUCAGUUGUAUGAUAAUGCCUUUGUAUGUUUGUCUUUUCUCAUGUAUUUUUAAAUAACCAGUAAUCUAUACUUUAAUACAUUUUUC